CGUCGACUUCCGCUCGGGGACGGGCCGCUUCCGGCGCCCCGGCCCCGUGCCUGGCGUGAUGGCUGCGCCGCGGCCUCUGCGGGUGUUGUGUCUGGCGGGGUUCCGGCAGAGCGAGCGGGGCUUCCGCGAGAAAACGGGGGCGCUGCGGAAGGCGCUGCGGGGCCGCGCCGAGCUCGUGUGCCUCAGCGGCCCGCACCCGGUCCGGGAAGCGGCCGGGCCCGGCCCUGAGCCCUGCCCGCCGGAGGAGCAGCCUCGAGGCUGGUGGUUCUCCGAGGCGGACGCCGACGAGUUCGCGGCGCUGGAGGAUCCGGCCGCGUGCCGGGGGCUGGACGCGGCGCUGGCCGCGGUGGCCGGCGCGCUGCGGCGGCUCGGCCCGUUCGACGGGCUGCUCGGCUUCAGCCAGGGCGCCGCGCUCGCGGCCCUGGUGUGCGCCCUGGGCCAGGCGGGAGACGCCCGCUUCCCCGCGCCGCGGUUCCUGAUCCUGGUGUCGGGCUUCUGCCCGCGAGGCCUGGACUUGGAGGAGCCCGUCCUGCAGGCGCCCGUCGCCCUGCCUUCCCUCCACGUGUUCGGGGACACGGACCGAGUCAUCCCCGCGCAGGAGAGCAUGCGGCUGGCUAGCCGAUUCCCCGGGGCCGUCACCCUUACCCACGCCGGGGGCCAUUUCAUUCCAGCGGCUGCGCCCCAGCGGCAGGCCUACCUCAAGUUUUUGGACCAGUUUGCAGGGUGAGAGAAGUAAAUGCCUCUGCUUUUUCAGGUCCCUUGUUCCUGGGGGGUGGCCACGUGACCUGGGGCAGCCUCUAUAGUCCCUGCAGGCGCCCUGCCCCCUGCACUGAGACUUCCACUGCUGUAUUUCUCAUCGUCGAUGAAGAGACGCGUUAAUUCCAAGAUACAGAUGGUCUUAAUAGAUUUUGGCCUUGGCAUCUGAUUAAAAAAAGGCCAGCAGACACUGAAUGAGAGAUUACCAUGGGAAAACCAAGGGGCUUGCCCCACUGUGACUGCCACACAAUAAAGUACUAAUUUGAAUUUGCA